GAUUCCUUCGCCACAGUCGGGUUCGAGCUAGUGGGGUAAGGUGCGUGUGAGGUCGUGUGCUGUUGCACGGCUCUGAAUUCAUAUACGAAACGAAGCGCAGCUCUCUGUGCUGCCGUGUGAUCUGCUGCUGGGAAUACGAAAAGCUACAACUGUAGAUACGCCGGCAUCGGUUUCCAACCAAACGAACCAACAAAGAUUGUGUUGAGACCGCCAAAAUGAUCAGCACCGAUGGAUACAACAACGUCGGCAUGAUGGCUGACGGGUACAUGGAGCAAGAGGAGGAAUGGGAAAGGGAAGGUCUUCUGGAUCCAGCUUGGGAGAAACAGCAAAAAAAGACGUUCACGGCAUGGUGUAACAGCCAUCUUCGCAAAGCCGGCACCGGCAUCGAUAACAUCGACGAAGAUUUCCGCAACGGGCUGAAACUGAUGCUUCUAUUGGAAGUCAUCUCUGGCGAAACCUUGCCUAAACCGGAUCGCGGAAAAAUGCGUUUCCACAAGAUCGCCAAUGUCAACAAGGCACUUGACUACAUCGCAAGCAAGGGCGUCAAAUUAGUCUCUAUUGGAGCAGAAGAAAUCGUCGAUGGAAACUUAAAGAUGACUCUUGGUAUGAUUUGGACAAUCAUUCUUCGAUUCGCCAUCCAGGACAUCUCCGUCGAGGAGAUGACCGCAAAGGAAGGAUUGCUCUUGUGGUGCCAGCGCAAAACCGCGCCCUACAAGAACGUCAACGUACAGAACUUCCAUUUGUCCUUUAAGGAUGGCCUGGCCUUCUGUGCUCUUAUUCACAGGCACCGACCCGACCUCAUUGAUUACAGCAAACUUUCCAAGGAUAAUCCAAUGGAAAAUCUCAACACUGCCUUCGACGUUGCCGAGAAAUACCUCGACAUUCCGAGAAUGUUGGAUCCUGAUGACUUGAUCAACACUCCUAAACCCGACGAACGCGCAAUCAUGACUUACGUGUCAUGCUACUACCAUGCGUUCCAAGGAGCGCAACAGGCUGAAACUGCAGCCAACAGGAUUUGCAAAGUCUUGAAAGUGAAUCAAGAGAACGAACGCCUCAUGGAGGAAUACGAACGACUCGCUAGCGACCUUUUGGAAUGGAUCCGUCGUACCAUGCCAUGGUUAGGAUCCCGCCAAACUGAUAACUCUUUAGCCGGUGUUCAGAAGAAGUUAGAAGAAUACCGCACUUACAGGCGCAAACAUAAACCACCACGUGUUGAGCAGAAAGCCAAGUUGGAGACCAACUUCAACACCUUGCAAACCAAACUCAGGUUGUCCAACAGGCCAGCUUACAUGCCUACCGAAGGAAAGAUGGUUUCCGAUAUUGCCAACGCAUGGAAAGGUUUGGAAGGAGCCGAGAAGAGCUUCGAGGAAUGGCUGCUUUCUGAGAUGAUGCGCUUGGAACGUCUGGAGCAUUUGGCUCAAAAGUUCAAGCAUAAAGCUGAUGCUCACGAGGAAUGGACCCGCGGAAAGGAGGAGAUGCUUCAAAGCCAAGAUUUCAGGCAAUGCCGUCUCAACGAACUCAAGGCUCUCAAAAAGAAGCACGAAGCUUUCGAGUCUGACCUGGCCGCCCAUCAAGAUCGUGUUGAGCAGAUCGCUGCUAUUGCUCAGGAACUUAAUACUCUUGAGUACCAUGAUAGCGUCAGCGUCAACGCUCGUUGUCAACGUAUCUGCGAUCAAUGGGACAGAUUGGGAGCUCUGACCCAGCGUCGUCGCCAAGCUCUGGAUGAUGCCGAGAGGAUUCUCGAGAAGAUCGACAUCUUACAUUUGGAAUUCGCCAAGCGCGCUGCUCCAUUUAAUAACUGGUUAGAUGGAACCCGCGAAGAUCUUGUGGAUAUUUUCAUUGUCCACACUGUUGAAGAAAUUCAAGGUCUCAUCGAUGCUCACUCUCACUUUAAGGCUACUCUUGGAGAGGCUGAUAAAGAGUUCCAGAGCAUUGUAGGUUUAGUGAGGGAAGUCGAAUCGAUCGUCAAACAACACCAAGUUCCUGGAGGAUUGGAGAAUCCUUACACUACUUUAACUGCCCAUGAUUUAACCAGGAAGUGGUCUGAUGUUAGGCAAUUGGUGCCACAAAGGGAUGCUACUCUGCAGGCAGAGCUUAGGAAACAACAAAAUAACGAGAUGUUGCGUCGCCAAUUCGGUGAGAAGGCAAACGCUGUCGGUCCAUGGAUUGAACGUCAAUUGGAUGCUGUAACUGCUAUUGGAAUGGGUCUUCACGGUACUCUGGAAGAUCAAUUGCAUCGUUUGAAGGAAUACGAACAAGGUGUAUACGCGUACAAACCGCAUAUCGAAGAACUCGAGAAAAUCCAUCAAGCAGUCCAAGAAAGUAUGAUUUUCGAGAACAGGUACACUCAGUACACUAUGGAAACUCUACGUGUCGGUUGGGAGCAGCUCUUGACUUCGAUUAAUCGCAACAUCAACGAAGUUGAAAACCAAAUCUUAACUCGCGAUUCUAAGGGCAUCACGCAAGAGCAAUUGAAUGAAUUUAGAUCGUCCUUUAACCACUUCGACAAGAACAGAACCGGCAGAUUAGCUCCUGACGAAUUCAAAUCUUGCCUAGUGUCUCUGGGCUAUUCGAUCGGCAAAGAUAGACAAGGUGACAUCGAUUUCCAAAGAAUUUUGGCCGUCGUCGACCCCAACAACAGUGGCUUCGUGCACUUUGACGCUUUCCUCGAUUUCAUGACCAGGGAGAGCACCGACACAGAUACAGCUGAACAGGUCAUCGACAGCUUCCGCAUUCUCGCAGCCGAUAAGCCAUACAUUCUACCUGAUGAAUUGAGAAGGGAAUUGCCGCCAGAUCAAGCCGAAUACUGCAUCCAGCGUAUGCCACCAUACAAAGCAGCUGGAGCCGUUCCCGGUGCUUUGGAUUACAUGUCCUUUUCUACGGCGCUGUACGGAGAGUCUGACCUUUAAAUAUUACAAUUGCGACACACAUUUUAAUUGCCAUAAUGUCGAGAAAUGAAACUGUCUCGCAUGAUUGCCCUUAAAAUCUUAUCCUAUAUUUUUUAUUUAAGCAAAUACAUGUAAAUCGGGGAAAUGAACCGAAAGAAACAUAAAAAGAGGAACGACAAAAAAAAA